UGGAAAUGAUCAGUUAAGCGUAUAGACAAAACACACAUACAUACAGCACAGGACAUCGAGCAGUUCUCUAUCAUAUAUCCCAUACACCAUGAUGCCGGUUUCUCCGAGUCUCUCGGUGGUCGGCGAGCAAGGCUGAGGUCGCGUUGCCCAGGUUGUGCCCACUCCAUCUGUUGUUGUUGUUUGGCCGGCGAGGCCGAUUCUCGUACGCGAUCGCUCGUUGUUGUUUUGAUCGAGCCUCGAUUCGGUCAUUUUCCGUUCCGGUUUUUUCUAUUAUCUUUUGGCUACAAUUCGUGUAGUAUGGGAAAUAAGUUGUGCAAGAAGAAAUCCGACGAUGCGGACGGUCCUAAGUGCAAAUCGACGUCCCAGUUCGAUAGGAUUAUCAAUAGAUUGCACAUUCGACCUAAUUCCUGGAAAUCGGAUCCGCAGUUGAAUCAGAAGCAAGUCAAAAGGAUAGAAAAGAGCCCUAACGAAAAAAACAAUGCUGUUAUAACGAACAAACCUCUAUCGAAAUCCACCGAUUGGACUGAAGUUGAUCUUCAAGUUCCCGAAAAAGACGAACCUAUACAUCUAACUAACCCUAAAUUGAAUCUUAUUUUCAACGACGACAAAGGCACCCCGACUCCACCGCCAAGAAAGAACAAAAAGAAGAAUUUAAGAGAAAAAAUCGAAGCAGUUGCCAAAUCAGGUCUUCAAGCUUUUCAAUCCAAAAAACCAGUCGAAGACAAUCAGCCGCAGAAACAACCAGUGGAAGAAGAAUUGUGCGUCAAGAAAACCAUAUCCUACAAAUGUCCCAUAUGCGAUUUAGACGAAGCCACGCAUAAUAGAGAUCACCACCAUAACCAUACGCAUCACCAUUCGGACACCAAAAAUGAUAUUAACAAAUUCGAAACCAGGAACAACAAAGGCAGCUUGAAGGGGAAGAAAACCAUUUCAGUUACUUCUCUACCGAACUACGACGAGUUAAAGUUCACUGUAGCUGAAUUUGAGGACGAUAAAGGAUCACCAUCGCUAAAGACCGAAAGAAAACCAACGCCUUCUCAAAUAUCGCUACCCAGCGACGCCAAGAAAAUACCAGCAGGAAAAUUAGACACUUACAUAACGAGAUGCCGCAGCUUUGGUUCGAUUUUCCCGCAGCAAUUGAAGAAACUGCGGCCGCGAAAAGCGCCCACGGACAUCGAAAGCGACGAUUCGUUCGGCGGAUUGGAAGACUGGGACUUGGGAUUGAUCGAACACUACAAUCCGAAGGACGCCAGUUUGCCCAGGCCUAGGAAGCCCAAGCGCAACGACGACAGCAUACUGGCCGAUAUCGAGAGUAUGAUAGUGAAGGAAGAAGACAUCGAGCAGCCCAAACCGCCCGUUAGGCGAUCGGAAUCGUUGAUUAAGAAGCUGAACAGGGAAGCAGCGCAAAGAUCUAACGAUUUAAUUAAAAAGCAACAAGAUAAGUCUGUUGAGCAUCCUACGCCUCCUCCUUCGCCUGAAACUAAACCAGUAGUGGUAGAAACUACAAUAUCCAAAGGGGUAGCACGGCCGGAACUCAAUCGAUUUCCUUCUCAAGAGAACGGGCACGUGGAGCACUCUAGUUUGAUAAAAAUUUUGGAGAAGUUUAGCAUGGCAGAUAAGCAACAUCUAGUAAACGAGAACAAUAACAGUAACGAAUCGUCUUUAACGCCUUCCCUAGUCGAAUUCGAGAAAACUAUAAAUUUCGCUGAUGAUGUAAAUAACGUAGAAAAAAACAAAGAGGCGAUAAUUCCGGAGAAUAAUAGCAACCAACCCAUCAAGACUUAAUUAUUUAUUACGUAGCUUAGUUUUGUUGUAAAUAUUUAAUUAGUUAUUGUUUAAAUUUUUUAUCAUUAACGUUUUUUUGUCUUUGUUAUAUACAAAUACUCAAAUUUUGUAUGAAGUGCUUGAAUUUUUAUUUAUUUUGUUAAUCUUCUGCUGAUUCGAUUUUUUCUCAUAUAUUUAUUAUUAUUUUCGAUUGGAGGAACCAAAUUUGUGAUGUGAAGAGAAGGUUAAUUAACCAGAUUGGCGCUUGAAUAUAAUCCUAGUGCACAUUCGUUUCAUAUAAAUUACGUAAGAUUCAGAUAAUUCUAUUUCCUCAGGGCUUGUCUGUAAAGUUAUUACAUUCCAAAUAUUUAAUAAAACUGAACUCGUUUUGAUCCAAUUUCUGUUCUCGUUAAAAUUAGCUAGUGGAGUCAUCGCGAGUAUCAAUCGAUUACUUUGUUAAUUUCCUAGUAUAAUUAAACACCGCUAGUUUGUUGGGUUUUAUUUUACUCUUUUUUAUCAGCAGCAGUAAAUUAGAAAAGGUUACUUCCUAAUGGGCUUUUUACAAUCUGUUUAUUGCUUGCAUAAGCCACACCAACAUAAUCGCUAUUAUAGAGGUGCAUAUAUUUUUACUGCAACAUUUAGAAAAAUAUCCAAUGAGGCAUUAAACUGUAAUUAUUUAUUGGUAACGUAAUGGCGCAAAUAAACAACGUGUAUCAUGUAACUGCUUGAAUUAAAUGCCUAUAAAAUGUUAACAACUGAUUUCUUUAAUUGAUUAUCCGAUGACGGGCUGUAA